GUACACCGAGAGGCCUUUGCGGAGACGACUACGUUUCCCACAAUGCAACGGCCGUGUUUCCUAUAGGAGAUAUCGCGAGAUUACGGGGAAGCAGAGCGGGAGUGUUUGUGUUGCUUGCAGUAAGGGGACUACUGGUAGGACAGGCACGGACAGGUAGCGAGGUGUCCAGCGUUGGCUGAGGAAGUGCGUCACUUCGCACAAAAACGUUUCCAGACACGCCCCCAGCCGACCGCUGGAGCACCUGACCUGAUCGUACCUCCAUUGAAGAUGCAAUAAAGAAUAUCCAGUUUUUAUGGAAAAUGGAGCACUCUUUGGAAGACAACCUUACCACACGUUCUAUGCUGAGAGGAAUACUAGCAACAGAGCCAGUUCGUGCAGCAGUAAAGCAUCCGUCUCAAAAAAGUGGAUAUCGGCGAUCAUCUACAUCUUAUUUUCGUCAAGAUGAGAAUUCCUCAUCCCCAUCUAUCAAUUUGCGCAGUAAAAUGAAGAAUAAAGUUAGACGUUCCCUUAGAAAAUCGGCUGUUGAAACUUCAGCGCUUAAAAGAAAUGUGGAACCUAAUUCAAAAACGAAGUUAAAAUCUGCAAAGAAGGGAUCUUUUCCCAUUAUGGAGGAUAUAGAUAAGAUCACUCCGAGGACCUUGUUAAAAAAAAUUAUUCAGAACGAGGAUGAAGUUUCUAUAAUUGUUUCCCAGAGGUCAAAAGCAGUUGGUGAUGAUGAUGAUGAUAAAAAACAAGAGAACUCACCUGCCGCUCAAUCAAGCAGUGUGGGCAACAUAAAUCUAAGUUUACCCGAUCUGCAGGACACAGAAGAAAUUAAAGUGUUUAGAAAAUCCAGGAAAAAGAGAAAAAUGAGGGUUUCUGAAUUUGAAAGAGAAGUGGAUGAAAGACUGCCUAAGAAUAAAGACAACUAUAACAUUUCACAUAAAAGUUUUGAUCCAUCUUUAUCAGCUACCUCCUCCAAAAUGUCAAGGUUAAUUGACGAUAAACUGGAAGUUUCAGCUGCACCAGAAUCAACCUUUAAGAGAGGCUUACUGCGCAGGCCUAACAAAAUAUGCUUAGUGUCACUAGGGGACUUCGAGCAAGGAGUGGAAGACAAAUACCAGCUGUUAAAAGGCUCCCAAGAGUGCUUCAUUGAAACUGAAGAGGACAAAUCAGAUUCUUCAUCCAAUGAGUUAGCUCAAAUGAACACAGAGUUGUAUGCUCAAUCUUUACAUAAAGACUCUAACGCCAAUAAAUCGGAGAGAAAGCAAAGAGGAGCAAGUAAACUUUUUGUUUCAACCUUCAAUGAAAGAAGAGAAGCAGAGAACCUUCUGGAGACAGAAACUAGAAAGCUUAAUGCAAGUAAUCCGCCUAUAUUUAAUGUACAGACUCCAAAAGAAAAUACAAACAGAGACCAAGGUGGCAGUGAUGAAUGGAAAGCUAAUGUAGAUCGUGAAGAAUCUGAUGUUGUAGGUGAUAGUAUUGAAGAUGAUGUUGUAGGCGACAGUAUUGAGGGUGAUGUCGUGGAUGACAGGCCUGAAGGUGAUGUUGUGGAAGAUAGUGAUGAAGGUGAUGCUGCUGAUGUCAUUGGUAAAGGUGGCGCUGCACACGACAGUGGUGAAGGUGAGGUUGCGGAAGACAGUGAUGAAGGUGACGAUUCUGACGACAGUGGUGAAGGUGAUGCUGCUGAUGUAAUUGGUAAAGGUGGUGCUGCACACGACAGUGGUGAAGGUGAGGUUGCGGAAGACAGUGAUGAAGGUGACGAUUCUGACGACAGUGGUGAAGGUGAUGCUGCUGAUGUCCUUGGUAAAGGUGAUGUUGUGGAAGACAGUGAUGAAGGUGAUGCUGCCGAUGUCCUUGGUAAAGGUGACGCUGCACACGACAGUGGUGAAGGUAAUAUUGUGGAAGACAGUGAUGAAAGUGGCGAUGCUGACGACAGUGGUGAAGGUGGCGAUUCUGAUGACAGUGGUGAAGGUGAUGCUGCCGAUGUCCUUGGUAAAGGUGACGCUGCACACGAGAGUGGUGAAGGUGAUGUUGGUGAUGCUGCAGAUAUCUAUGGAGGUGAUGCACCUGAGGACAGUGGUGAAGGUGCAGCUGGUUUUAUCCAUACUAAAGAUAAAGUGGGUGUUAGCCUCAUGGAUGUUGAAAGUAACCUACAACAAAAUAAAUCCAGUCUAACCAAAAGCAAUAGAAAGUCCAUGGGCAUCACUGAAUAUUUUCACAAGAUGAGACACACAAGGCCUAGUGAAAGAAAUAGUAUGCAGACAGCAGAGUCUAUUCGGGUGCAUACAGUAUCUGUAUCAAGACCAGAGGAAAGCCCUGAAUCUUCAGAAAGCAGUGAAGAUGAAAAUGUGGAUCUUGCGCAGAGUGCCAUAAAUCUUGGAAUUACCAAGAAGAAGGAAAAUAACCAGCUGAUGCUUUCUGUAUUGCCAGAAACUCCUGCUUAUAUGAAGUCUACUCGCUUUGUAAGCACAGGUAAACCUGCUGUUAGCAAGAAGAUUCAAAGAACGAAAACCACAAAGCCUAAAAAACAGCAAACAGUGCUUCCCACAAGCCACAUAAAGCAGAUAUUCAGCCAUCAUGCUCAAGUGAGAGUAUCUAGGGAAGCUAUGGCAGAUGUAGAUAAAUGCUUAGAAUUAUAUGUAAACCAGCUAGCAGUGGAUCUGUCUGCAUACACUGCACAUGCCAACAGGAAAACAGUAACACGUGCUGACAUGGAGCUUCUUAUGAAAAGGCAGCGUUUGGUGACUGAUACCACUUCCCUUAAUGUUCUCAUUGAAAAACAUUUACCACUGGAUUGUAGAAGACUUCUAAUUCCAUGUGCAAUGAGUGGAAAUAAAGUGUUUCCAAAAAUGUAACCUUAUCUGUGUAAAAAUGGUAGUGUUAUAUAUGUUAUUAUGUAAAUAGUAAUAAUUAGUGUAAAGUGUUGAGGGGCUUAAUAUUUGCCCUUUAUUUCAGAAAGUGCAAAUAAAGAAAAAAAGUGUUUUGAUUAUUUUUUCUGUUCUUAUUGUAAUGAAAUAAAAUAGUUGUCGACCUUGAAGUUUCUAGUCUAGCACAUCUGGUUUCCUCUUUCUUACAUAGGAAAGGAAAGAGUGAUUUUAUUCUCUGUCCUGGGACCUGUUCGAUUUUUGUAAUUUAUUUUUUUACCUAUUCUAUAUACAAUUUUUCAGAAAUAAUGUUGAUUCCUUCGUGUAUUUUUUCCCUUUUUUUAUUUUAAUAAACAUGGGCAUACUAUUAUUGUCCAUAUCACUAUCCA